ACCGCGGCGACUUUCAGACGUGCAAUCUCUGGAUCACAACUUCACAAAUUUUUCGGAGGAAAGUGUCGCACUUCUAAGAAACUACCCACGACUCUCUUGUAACCCAUCAUGCCGAAAGCACCCAAAUCGCCCGCUCUGCGCGAGCAACGACACAACCCUCUAGCCGAAGAAUAUGCGCCCUCGGACCCAUGGAAGAACAAGGCGCCAAGACGACAAAAGCGCAACAAGAGCGACAAUGAAGACGACGAACAAAAGUAUGUCGACUCCAAGAGUUCGCGCAAGAUUCUGGAAAUAGGAAGAGAACUGGAAGAGGAGGAUGCGCGGGAAAACAAGGCCCGAAGGCCUCAAGAAGCGAACCCAGCCUUUGACUUUGAGACACGCAUGGGCGAGGAUGACAUGGGCGGCGACGAUUUGGUACAGGCCGAUGAUGACGAAGCAUGGGGCGACGACGAUGAGGAGGUCGAGGAGGUUGAAAUUGACGCCAACGACCUGGCAGCGUGGAACAAAUUCAUACCCACGGACGAUAACCCUAUCGUAUGGCCGGGCGAGGAAGCACAGCCCUCAGGACCAGGCACAGAUCUCGCUGCGCUUAUUCUUGAGAAGAUUGCUGCACAUGAAGCCGGAGGCGAAGUACAAGAACCACAUAUUCAAGGCGGUGGUGACCGAGAAGACGCCAUUGAACUACCAGCCAAGGUGGUCGAAGUAUACUCAAAGAUUGGCUUGAUCCUGAGCCGCUACAAGAGCGGGAAACUGCCCAAGCCUUUCAAGAUCCUCCCUACAAUCCCCGCCUGGGAAACCCUCGUCGCAAUUACACGCCCCGAUGACUGGACUCCGAACGCUACCUUCGCUGCCACCCGAAUCUUCGUUUCAGCAAAGCCACAGACGGCCCAGAUCUUCAUGAACACUAUUCUGCUUCCGUUAGUGCAACAAAACAUCCGGGAAACACACAAGCUGAACGUACACUUGUACAAUGCGCUGAAGAAGGCCCUCUACAAGCCCAGCGCCUUCUUCAAGGGUGUCGUCUUCCCUAUGCUUACCGAUGUUUCCUGCACACAGCGCGACGCCGUCAUUGUAGCCUCGGUCGUAGCCAAGAUCUCCGUUCCCGUCCUACAUUCGGCUGCCGCCCUGCACCGCCUCUGUGAGAUUGCCGCCGAGCAAAUGUCGUCUGAUCCCGAUGCCGCCGGGCCCUGCAAUAUUUUCAUCAAGACGCUGCUCGAGAAGAAGUACGCGCUGCCCUUCAAGGUCAUCGAUGCGCUCGUCUUCCACUUCCUGCGCUUCCGAGGUGUGGGAGCAAGCAGCGCCGACGCCAUGGAUACGGAGUCUGUAGCCGGCGAUCUAGGAAACACGGGCAAAUUGCCAGUCAUCUGGCAUCAGUGCUUGCUCGCUUUUGCCCAGAGAUACAGAAACGAUAUCACAGAGGAUCAAAGAGAGGCUUUGUUGGACUUGCUGCUUACGAGAGGUCACAAGAGUAUCAGUGGCGAAGUACGGAGAGAAUUGCUUGAGGGCAGAGGAAGAGGUGUUAUGAUUGAGCCACCAGCCGUUGGUAUCGACGGCGACGACACGAUGAUGAUGGCUGUGGAUGCAUGAUCCAAAUGCUUUUCAUUUUUGUUAUGAAAGACCACGAGCAUUUACCGGCGUUAUAGGAGCACUCUGUGCUUGGGAGAAUUCAUCAUUGUUAUAUUCCA